GCACACGGGUUUGUUUCCUAUUUCUUAAUUUCCAAGCAAAUAUAACUUAACCAAAAAGAUUUAUAUAUUUAUUUAUUUAUUGUCACUUUGACUUAUAUAACUAUAAAUAAAUAAAUACCCACAUUUUCCUUCUCCCAUUUGUACAAAUUCAACAGCCUAAGGUACAACUAAAUUGAACAAAAAUGGAUGCGAAAAUUGCAAAAUUCUUCGAAUCGAUCGGCGAUUUUUUUACCGGCGGAGAUCAAAUUCCUUGGUGUGAUUGUGAUAUAGUUGCUGGUUGUGAACGUGAAGUUGCUGAUGCAGAAAAAGGUUCAUCUGAUGAACUUAAAAGUGAAUGCAUUAUGCGUUUGUCUUGGGCUCUUGUUCACUCGAGAAGGCCUGAAGAUAUACAACGUGGGAUAGCAAUGCUUGAAGCUUCGUUGGGUGGCAGUAACAGUCCAUUGCAAAUGAGAGAAAAGCUUUAUCUUCUGGCUGUUGGUUACUAUAGAAGUGGAGACUUUCCAAGAAGCAGGCAGCUCGUUGAUCGUUGUUUGGAGAUUGCACCAGAUUGGAGGCAAGCGUUGACCCUCAAGAAAACAAUCGAAGAAAAAAUCACCAAAGAUGGAGUUAUUGGCAUCGGCAUUGCUACUGCUGCUGUUGGAGUUUUGGUUGGUGGAAUUGCAGCUGCUUUAGCCCGGAAGAAUUGACCUGCGCGUUAUAAACACCUCUAGUGUGCGUGCAUAUUGAACUCGACUCUUCCCCUUUGUCAUCGAUAUCUUGUGAAGCACAUGAACUUCUAGUUGUGAGCACAAAAGUUUUGAUACUUUUCAAUGGCAUGUACAACUGAAUCAAGAAUGGGUUUCAUUUUCUAUUUUAUAUAUGGUUUAUAAGUUUGUCAAAA